CGGACCUUCGGUUGCUGUCGAAUCAUCCUAAGCUAUGCUCACUGUGCACCACCUGAACAACUCUCGUUCCCAACGGAUCCUAUGGUUGCUUGAGGAGUUAAACGUACCAUACCAAGUCAAAAAGUACGAGCGAACCCCUCAACUCACCGCUCCAAAAGAGCUUCUGGAAAUCAACUCUCUUGGAAAAUCUCCUGUUAUCACGGACGGCGAUGUCAAUUUGGCAGAGAGUGGAGCCAUCGUUGAGUAUGUCAUUGAAAAGUACGGGAACGGGAAAGCGACCCCACCAGAGUCAGGAAAACUUGACAACCUCUACUUUUCCCAUUACGCCGAAGGCUCCUUCAUGCCAGUUCUGGUCCAAAAGCUGAUCUUCGAUAUAGUGCCACAGAGAUCACCCUUCUACAUCCGACCCUUCGCUAGUAUGAUUUUCGGCCAACUCAACAAGCAACUCGUGCAGCCGGAGAUCACGAAACAUGUGGCUUUGAUUGAAGCCCAUCUAGCAAAAUCUAAGUCCAUCUUUUUUGCUGGUGGUGAUGAGCCUACGUCUGCCGACUACCAGAUGGUUUUCCCACUAGAAGCACUAACAGACGGUGCUCCGGAUCGCCUUGGUCCGAAGAUCAAGGAGUAUGUUAAAACUAUCCAUGACCGCCCGGCCUACAAACGAGCACUCGAGAAGGGUGGGGAGUACGCAUACGCAAAAUUGUAGAUACCCCAUCAACACAAGGCGUUCGUUUCCAGCCAACAUGUUCAGCGUUAGCCUUGAGAAUAAUAUAUCAAAUGUUAUAGCGGAGAGAUCUAUAGAAUACAGUGGUGUCGUGACUCUCCUGGACAAGAUGCGUAUCUUGGUCGAGGAGAGUGAACGUCGUUCGGAAAACUCUAGUAAUACAGCGGGGGUAGUGCGUCUAGUAAUGUAAAUGAGCGGAAUAGAUAUGUAUGAGAGGAUGCAAGAGAAAAAAACGACUGUGGCUACAAAGGAAAGGAUGGAAUGAAUAAAUAACCUUGACCAUAUAAUAGCUUUUGAGGAUUAAGGGAUGGUAAAAUAGACGAAAUAAUAAAUACCGACAAUGCCACGCGAUACCUGAGAUGGCCCGGCCGUCAAUGUAUGGCGCACAAGAGAGAAGAGUAUCAAUGACGCUCGCUUUCUGGCCUCCUUCGCGCAGUCUGACCAGAGUGAGCCUUUUGUUCCCAGACAGAAGGACUCUCGCCUUCAGCCCAUUCCCCUGUCGCAGUGUUGUGCUCGAAAUCCCCAUCCUUAUACCCAUAUCGUUUCUCAAGGAGCUUCAAAAGAGGGUUGCGCAAGGCAGGGUCCAUUCGCACAGUCUCUCCUGGAUGGUAGCUACCUACACCGUGGCUAGAAAGGCUCUCUUCGAAAAGCGCUUCCUCGAAUGUACAUCCACAGUUGAGAUAUCCAGGAGGGGCGUUACGAGGUGGGUAUGCCCGACGUUCACGCCUCGAGUCGUGCCACGCACAAAGUGCGUUCCCCGCACGGUUGAGAGAACAGUAAACCUUCUUGCGGGCCUCUGUGCGAGCCUUCCGUGACGCUUUGAAACUGGGUGAAUGCGAUGAGGUUGAGUUUGCAAUGGACCCUCGCAUAGCUUCCAAAGCUGAGCGUGAGCGACCAUAUUCGAGUUCUAGCUCGCGGACUCUUCGACGAAGCUGCCGUAUCUCGUUUUCAGAUAGGUCUUCCGAUGAAAGGGACAUGUCCAUCGGCUGCUGAUACGACGUUGGAAGGCAUUGACCAGGGUAGCCAACAGCGCCACUGGCGGUUAGUUGGGCGCGAGUUGGAAUGCCGUACUGCUGGUCGUUGAACGUUUGGAGAUAAGGAGGUGAUGGGGGAGAAAGAGAUUCGGGGGAUGCGUGACGAGCUGUUGCAUAAUCAUCAAACGGGAGAUUGCUGAUAGAGGCUGACGCCAUGUCGUACACCGGCAUACUAUGACCCGCAACACCGGGAUAUGUGGCGUUAUUCAUAGUGGUCGUUACAUUGGUGGGAUUGGUGCCCCAUGUUAUAUCAUGGUUUUGCACGUUAGAACCGUAAGCGCCAGGCGGAGACCUGGAUUGUCGGGAAUGCACGGAUGUAUUGGUGCCUCCCAUGGCUCCUGUCAAUGUUGACGUGAGACUGGAGCUAGACGAUGCUGGUCUCAAUUCUGAUGAUGGAUCGUUCAUCGUUGACAGAUAGGAAUCGUUCAUGAAUGGGUGGCUAAGAGUAUACGUGUUAUGUUCGUCUCCGUCUGAUGACCGGCGCUCUGCAGGUUGGUGUGAAUGUGUCCUAGUCCCGCCUCG